CGAACUGACGGCAACAUCGGCUCCUCUGGUCCAGCGCGUUCCGCGGCCGCGACUCGUCUUCUAACUCACUCUUCGCCCGCGAUACUCGCGAUCUACGUGGAUCCCGAUUGCGUAAUGCCGGGUCCACGUGACAGGGAUCACAGGACGACCCGGGAGUGCAGUGCGUGAGACCGUCGAAUAGUGCGCGGGUCCAGUGUCCGCGUGUGUCAACUUCUCGGCGAGUUGGCAUCGGGAGGGCUGCGUGAGGACGCGUACGCGAUCCUGCGUUGCAGGAUCAAUCGGUCCUCGAGGCGUUCAAAGGGGAGUUCGGGGAUAAACCGAGACCGAGUGGUAUCUGGAUGCAUCGGGUGGUUUGUUGAGGCCAGUUGGGGGUUGGAGGCAGAGGAAGUUUGGGGUAAAGGGACCUGGUGAGCUUAGAAUUACAAGUGGAAGCGUCAGUUGAGACUAGGUAUGGGUUGGAGGUAGGCAAGGGUCAGGAAAUCGAGACUGAGUGCACCUGGAUUGGUAUCGAGAAACUUCGAUCAGGUGUACAAGGCAAGUGGGAUCUAGAAACAGAAACACAGGAUCGAGUACACCUUAUGAGGGAAACAGGACACCUAUGAAAGAAAUUAUCACUCAAGAUUCCAAGCUAAUCGAGACCCAAGAACAGAGAGAAAGUUCAGUAAAACAGGAUCAAGCACAAUUUAGUGAACGCAAUUGAGUCUUGAGAUUCAGGAGCAGAGAGACAGUUCACUGACCCAGAAACGGAGGAUAGCUUAAGCGACAGAAGGCCCGAGUGCGUCUGGAUCAGUCGCAGGAAGCUUCAGCCGGCUCCCAAAGCCAGCUGUCACAAGUUUGCCAGAACUAGACCAACUCCUAGAUUAGUGACAGAGUACGUCAUUUCAAAGCUACUAUCCAAGACCAACGAAAGGUCAGUUCGAAACCAAGUGCACUUGUGUUACGUCAAGAUUAGUAACAGGACACAUCUAUCGCUACUAGAGUAAGAUGCAACAAGAAGCCCUAAAGUAUUUGUGAAAACCACUGCACCAAUGCACCUCAUCUGAAAGCAUCAAUCGUUUUCUAAAUCCCUGAUCCAUUAACAGUUAUACCUGACGAGAGUUAGUUCAGCAGAACAAGUCUUGGACGGUUUCCCAUUCAGCUGAGAACAAUGAUCGCGACAGUGUGACAGUGAUUCUAAAGUGAUCGGAGUUGGUGUAUUCGGAUCGCGGUUCCUCGAAGUUGCCUCGGCUAGUUCACUUCUCCAUGUCGAAUCUGAGAACUCCUCCAGAAAUCGACGAAUGUGCUCGUAAGAUCAGAAAGGGACGACUUGGGGAAACGCCUGUCCGUCCAUAAGGAGUCUAGUUGGGGAGUAAAGCAUCUCGUGGUUACCGUGGACGCGAUUCAACACGGGAUCCGGUGUUUUCAUUCCUCAGGCUUCUUCGGGAAGCUGGCUCGUAAGGAUGAAGCGGACCGUUAAACAUCCCAGGGGUAGUUUUCUCCUGUCCGUCAUCAGAGCUGGCGCGUUUUAUCUUUACCGACACGUCAAGCAUGCCAUUAGAAAUGAGAUCGUCUUUCUGUAACUCGAUCCACACACAUCGAAGUCAAUAAUUCGAACCUCAACUUAGUCUCAGAAGGCAAUUCAAUAAUGUUCCUUAUAAUCAGGAAUCAAGGCUUGCUCCUCGAAGACUGACUCGAGGAGAAUCUCUGGAACCAGAAGAUUUUUUCCCCAAGAGUCCAAUGUCCCAUUUUCAGGAUACAUCCUGUCGAAUGGAAUAGAAUCGGAAGCUCGAGGAUAUCGGAGUCUGCAGCGCCAAGUUCUCGACUAUUUACCUUUCAGAACGCUGAGUCGAGGAUGUCUACGGCCGCGUGUUGACUCCCGUCGAGAACCGUCAGCGCGUUUUCUGAUCCAAUAUAGCUAGCCAAACAUCGCGAAGGGGAGACUCGGCUCCCGGACUAACCUCGUAGGUCCCGUUAGUUCUUGAAACCAGAUUCACGCAGUGAUAUCGAGGAUCGAAAGAUGACGUGAACCUUCGGAGCGAGUUUGGGAUCGUUAGACCGCAAGAGAGUUGGGAGAGUCCUGACGCUGAUCGUGGAGAUCACUGAUGCAUCCUGGAGGCGCUCCUGGUCCUAGCGGUUACGAGGCGGGCACGAUAGCUCACGUACCGGCCUCAGGGGGUGGCUAGGACCAAGGAAUGAAAGGUUUCAGGAGGAUCUACUGAGCACCAAGCGUGGGGACGGGGUUUGAAGGGCGCGAACUAAGAUGACGUCGUCGAUCCUUGCGCUGCUCGGUCUCGUACUGGCGUCAGCCAGCGCCGAGCUCAGCUCGAGGAUCGUCAGGACAAAGUAUGGAGAACUGUCGGGCAUUAUCGUGACCCUCGAUCGCCACCUCGAGGGCGUCGAGGUGUUCCGCGGCGUCCCUUACGCGUCGCCGCCGACCGGCUCGUUGAGGUUCAUGCCGCCUGUCAGCGGUGCUCUCUGGCACGGCGUCAAGGUGGCCGACAAGUUCGGGCCCGUAUGCCCGCAGAAGCUCCCUGAGCUCAGCGACAAGAUGCCUAGGGGCAGGGUCGAGUAUCUCAGGCGGCUGCUGCCCUACUUGAGGAACCAGAGCGAGGAUUGCCUGUAUCUCAACAUCUACGCUCCAGUUCAAGCUGGCGCGAGGGAGGGGGCAGGAAGGAAAUACCCCGUGAUCGUGUUCGUGCAUGGGGAGAGCUACGAAUGGAGCAGCGGAAACCCCUACGACGGCAGCGUCCUGGCGAGCUAUGGCAGCGUCGUCGUCGUCACCAUCAAUUACAGGCUUGGCAUUUUGGGCUUUCUAAAUGCUAACACGGAUUCGCACUUACGGUCCCCUGCGAAUUACGGGCUGAUGGACCAGAUCGCGGCGCUGCAUUGGGUGCAGGAGAACAUCGGCUACUUCGGCGGCGAUCCUGGAAACGUAACGUUGAUAGGACACGGAACUGGCGCGGCCUGCGUCAACUUCCUGAUGACCAGCCACGCUGUACCUGACGGCCUGCUGUUUCAUCGCAGCGUUCUAAUGUCUGGCAGCGCGCUUUCGCCAUGGGCACUGGUGAGAGGAGCCGCAAAUUACGCUCUGCAAGUUGCCAAACAUGUAAACUGCUCUUGGGCCGCAGGUGAUCCUCAGAUGUUGCUGAGGUGUCUCAGGGACGUGCCACUAAACGUGCUGCUCUCGGUGCCCGUCAAGGGAUUGCAAUUCGCUCCAGCGUUUGGGCCCAGCAUAGACGGCGUCGUGAUUGAUCCAGGUGAUCCAGAGGAUCAGGACUUCACCUUGCAAGUCGACACGAUCAAUACGCUGAAUAACAUUUUGCUGCGGAAGGACGUCAUAGCCAAACUCUCGAGGUAUGAUCUGAUGAUCGGCGUGGUACGAUCGGAAGCAUACUUUUCAUUGACCGCCAACGAUGCUCAAUAUGGAAUCGAGGCUGACAGAAGGACGAACAUUCUCAGGGAAUUCGUUCGGAAUACGUAUACCUAUCACCAAGCAGAGAUCCUGGCGACCAUAAUCAACGAGUACACAGACUGGGAGAGACCUGUGCAACAUCCUGCCAACAUCAAAGACGAAACCCUCGAGGCUUUGGGCGACGCUAACACGGUGGCGCCGGCUACGAGGACAGCAGACCUCCACAGUCAAUCUCAUCGGAACUCUUACCUCUACGUGUUCGACUACCAAACCAAAUACGGUGAUUAUCCCCCGAAGCCAGGCUGCAUCCAUGGCGAGGACCUGCCAUACUUUUUCGGAGCGCCCAUCGUGGGCGGCCUCUCCCAUUGGCCGAAGAACUACACCAAAGCUGAGAUCGCCCUUUCAGAGAGCGUGAUACUUUACUUGACGAACUUCGUGCGCACGGGGAAUCCAAACGAAGGCACGCCAGACCUAGGUCCGAUGGGACCAGAGCGAACCAAGUUCAAGAAUAUCGGCUGGGUCGCUUACGAGGCCGUGCACAAGAAAUACCUGAGCAUAGAGCUCAAAUCGAAGCUGAAGAACCACUACAGGGCGCACAGACUCUCGUUUUGGCUGAACCUGGUCCCAGACCUGCACAAACCUGGCUCGGACGACGUACCUAGGUCGCAUCAUCUUCUGGACACUGAGCAGGUGCCUCCAAGAUUCAUCCAGAGGAUACCAACGACAACCAGGGUGACGACAGUGGAGGCAACGCUGGCGGAGAAGACAGUGAACGUCACCACUGCCUCACCUAGCGAGGUAGCUUACGAAGACUCCACAGCACAGCCUGAGGACGGGUUCGCAGCUUACUCCACAGCCCUCAGCGUAACGAUAGCGAUAGGCUGCAGCCUGCUGAUCCUCAACGUGCUGAUAUUCGCCGGAGUCUACUAUCAACGCGACAAGAGCAGCCAACACAACUGCUCGAAGAAGCGCCAAGAGAACGGACAGAUGCCCAACAACAUCUGCGGAGACCUGGAGACGAAGACAGCUGAAAGACACCAUAUUCAGCAUAUCCCACCGCCAGAGUUUGCCGAUCUGCAGAACAACAGCUGCCACGUGCCCAUGCCGCCGCCACCCCCGAAGAACACCAAGCCUGGGAAGCCUGGACAGAACCUGAUCAUCAGUCCCAAUCAGCUCCAGCAGGAGAGCAUGGCGAUGACUGGUACAGGCACUCUUAAAAAGGGACACAAUCAUCAGCAACAGGUCAUGGACGAGCUGAGGGUCUGACUUCAGGAGUACCUUGCGGACGGAGGUGAACAGUUGCGGACGGUUGAUAACCUCGAAAGAUCGAGCAAGGUGUCCCUCGAAUUUAUGAACGAAUUGUUCGGCUGGGUGUCGGUGAUAUUCGAGGAGUCGGGAGGCGGGAGCUCGAUGUAGAUCGAUACGGGGAUUCACACGGGAGGUGGAUGAAUGAAGUUGAUCUUCGAGAUUGAAACUGUGGGAAUUGAGAAACGCUUUCUGUUAUUUAUGAUGUCUGAUUGUGGGAAAUGAUUGUCUGUAAAAUUGUUGGGAAUGGCAGGGUGUCCCAGAAGGUAGUUGGUUACUUCUCAGAUGUGAUGGAUACAAAUAUAUGUAUCGAUGUUCGUUAUAUUCGCUUUCAUUGUGAUUGGUUUAUCUUUGGAACGAGUUACAAAAAUCCCAAAAACUAGAUACAUUGGAAACCAAAUUGUAAUUAGAACUGUAAGUCACUCGGUGUACAGUCCAGACUUUGGAACAUCUUUUCCAUUAAAAAUUAUGGGACAUUUUCUGGGACAUCCUAGCUACAUUGUAUUUUUUCUCAAGAGCUAUCGAGACGUCUUGCAACGUCCAUCUUGGCAUUAUCUUAAUUAGACCUGAUAAGACAAUGAAAGCUAAUGUGUUCAUCCACGACGAACCUCCAGAAUCGUCUACACCCUUGGCGAUUCUCAACGAUCGAAGAUCCUUGAAAAUCCUCAAGAAUGUGCGAUCGAUUGCAACGACCCCUCCGUCUUUGAAUCGAUCCCGAAUCCUCUCGCCUAAGAAGCUGAAGUGUACAGUGAACGCGAAACGAACACACAUAAAUCGAUGUCUCCGCGAAUGUAAUCGUUUCGUACGAAGCGAGAACAAACACAAAUCAUACGACCAACUGCCGAAAAUUGUGUAGUCCUCGAUAUACGAUAGCAAGAUGUAAGUAGAACUCUCAGUCUUGAAAGAAAACGCAGAGUUUACCAAAAAGAUCAUCUCCUAAAGCGUUGAGUCUAACUGUUCGAGGCUACACCUUUUGUAACCCCCUGUGACCCUAAUUGUUCCCCGUUUUGCGUUAGAAUUCGUGUUGAAUUCGAGCUGAACACGUGUUCCUCGGCUAUCCCCAAUAAACGACCAUAAAUGAUGAGGUGGAACCGAAGACGUCGAGUUUGCCUCGACGUAAAGGGGUAGUUUUGUGGAUGAUAGUCAUUCGGAUGUCUGACAAUGAGAGAAGAAAUCCGUGUAUUGUAUGGAGAAAUGAAGAUUUGUUUUAAAUUAAGAGGAAUGUUUUACCUUGAAUCAGUAAAAUAUCACUAUUUAUUUCAUGAGAAUUACUGUGACUUAAAGGAGGAGUUUCUCCAAAAUGUCUGAAUUUUAAUUAUUCGUUCUUCAAUUUACUGGUUUUCUUUUAAGAAUAUUAUUGGAGGCCUCAAUUAAAAGUCGAGACAAAAUCAUCUCUUCUGUAAAAGAAAAAAUCUUUACUGCGACUUCGUUCACCUAUGCAUUCGAUUCUUCGACUCCUCAGAUGUCAGACCCCUGAAACAAAGCACCCCUUCGUCACUGACGAUACUUCCAGCGGGAAUUUGUUAAAAUUCUGACAAAAUUGAAACCAUCGCCAAUUGGAUCCAUGGUAAUCAAGUUUAUCGAACAUUUGCAGACGCUGGAAGUGACGUCUAUCCCGUAAAGCUGCUCAAUGAAAACACGGAAGAGACGAAUAAAUCAAAUCGCUCGAAGAACGGCAAUUCCGCGAUCUCGAAUCGACUAGCACCGCGAAGGGGUUCAUUUUUUUACUGAGAAAUGGAGGAGAGAGCCACCUAUGAAACUAAACAACAGCAUACUGCCAUAUGAUUGGAAGAGACACUUUAGCUGAAUAUUCGCUGCCACGAUAGCGAUCGAUUUGCUGCGAGAAAUCGCUGUUCAAGAAGAUGUUGAUGCGAAAGUGAAACUGAACGAACCCGUUGUUUUUCGUAAGAAUUUUUUUAGGGUGAUACCUGUUGGGCGAACAAGGACUCUUCAUCGACGAGAGCGAGUUUAGACUGUAAAUAAUAAAUAAUUAAAUUUAGUGGUUCGUCGAGUCGCUGAUAUUGUUGUGCCGAAUGAAAAGAAUAACGGGGAAUACGAUUGUAGCUGUACGAGGAAUGGGAUGGCGUGUGACAGCGUAGAAGCACUGGACGUAAUUUUAAAUUUGUAUAUAAUUGACAUUACAAUAAACUAUGUAAACAA